AUGACGACAAACGCGAAGGUGACCGAUCGUGGCCUCGAUCCGAGCAUGGACAGGUUGGCGACAAGGUCAGGCGUCACGAGCUCUUUCCGCACCAGAAAUUACGCCUUGGCUCAGAUUAAAAACUCGUUCAGGUCGGCAGGCCACGUGGACAACGGGAAAAGGCAAUUGCAACUCGCAGCCGAACAGAAUGACAACGCAAUAACUCGGAUGGAGACCGAACUUCCGGUGGAGAGAAGAAGUCUGCAAGAUGCACAAUUCGGGCUAGGCUAG